CAGGGGGGGGGCGGAUGUGACGAUCCGCUUUCCCUGAACGGAAUCUCGCGACCUUGGCAGAGGAAACAUCCGUGUCUCGGGUAUAUAAGCCAGAGAAGGGACACCCGUCACAUGUCAUUCCUACGGUUGAAUUGCUGGAGCAACACUCUAUACCUUGCAUCAUGUGUCGCCCCAGGCUAAUCCUCCUGUUCGCUCUGUGCUGCUUUCUACACUCAAUUUCAGCCCAGAACCCCUGUAGUUCCCUGGAUGCCGGGCCCUUCCUGGGCACCAAGCCCACCCUCACCAUGCGGGUAUACGAGGCCAGUCAGACAGACCUCGAGCAGUACCCCGACAGCGACAACUACAAGGAUGAGCUGAGGCUGACCGGGUCAAUCGGAGGACCUGCGCCAACUGGUAUCACCCUGGAGGUCAUGAACGACUUCCGGCUCUUUGAUCCCCGGGAAGUGUUUGAGUUUCAAACCGAGGCUGUGACCGGAAAGAACUUGCUGAAGCUGGUGAAAGCCGUAGACAGAGACGGACCAACUGAUGCUCUAGAUGACGACGUCAACAUGUUCACCUUCACCCUCAAAUGUUCCCCUGUCGCCAACACAUCAAUAGAGGUCUACUAUGACGUCAGGAUUCAGGUCAUGGACGUCAACGACAACUUCCCCCGCUUUGUAGGAGCUCCUUACAGCGCCACAAUCAAUGAGCUAACCCCAGUGGGAUCGACCAUCCUCCGCGUGUCUGCUGUUGACAUCGACUCCCCAGUGACGAGUAACGUCACUUACUCCAUCGUGCCCGCAAACGUGGAUGACGGCAGCAGCAUGUUUUCUAUCGACUCCAUAAAUGGUGACGUCACUGUCACAGCCAUGCUGGACUACGAAGCCUUGUCCCAAGGUCACGCUUACAACCUUGAACUUAUGGCCACGGAUGGUGACGUGGAUGGCCCCAAGAGCGCCAAGGUGACCGCGAUAGUGACGGUGACUGACGGAGAUGACCAGGGUCCGGCUUUCGAGUUCGAGGGAUGCUUCAGACACAAGGGCGUAUGCGCCUGGCCGAAAUAUACUUCAUACGCCAGUCAGAUGAAGCUGGCAGAACCAAUCACAGUCUACCCUGUGCCUAACAAGGUCGGCCAGCCAGUCAGCAUCAAGGCCAGAGACCUUGACCCUUCUAUGUCAGAGGUCAAGUUCUCCAUUGCAUCAACUAUUCCACCCGGCUUCGAGUCCCACUUUUCGGUUGCCACGAGUCAUGCAAGUGGCGCCUUCUAUGCUGCAUCAGUGAAGCAGGAGACCGCACUCACCGUCAGCGAAGGUUUCGAGAUCUUCCUGAAGGUGGAAGAAACAAGCAACCACAUGAGACAUGAAAUAGCAAUGAUAUACUUUAUGGGCCAAAACAAGGGAGGAUCCUCCGGAAGUCAAUCUACACAAAAAACUGCUUCAGGAACAGACAGUCAAGUUGGUGACCCUGGCAAGUCUCCAAUCUCUACCGGCGGCACGUCUGAAGAGACUCUGGCCCUGAUCGUAGUUGUCGCCAUCUUGGCUGCAUUUGUCGUCUGCCUGACAAUUGCGUUCUUCUGCUACAUUUCUAGAAGACGGGACACUAAGGGGAGCAAAUACAUCCACGAGUCCCGCCAGACGGGAACAACCAAUCCAACAUAUUCAUAUGAAUAGCUGAGGGUGCUGCCUUAGGCAGUGCAUGUUGCAUGAACGGUUGACAUAUUUCACAGAUCACGUGACUGACUUUCAGACUGGCGGACAACGGAAUGGCAUAUCCUCCACUCAAAUGUAACCAUAGUAACCACCACUUACUACUCAGGAGCAAGCUGUUUUGUCCUCUUGCGGACAUGGCCAAGUUCAACAAACAGGAAUACUGGAUUGACUUACCCACAGUGAAUAUAUGUCAUAGUUACAACCGUCAGAAGAACAAGCCCCAUGAUGCCAACGCCACACCCAAAGUUCAGAGAUGGAAAUGUGUACAUACGUAGCAUGCUAGUAUUUCCUGGCAUGUGAGAGAUUUCCAGAAACUGAACUACUUACAUCACUGAUACCAUAUUUACAGUCUGCUCCGGAUGUUACGAACUCCAAGGAAUCUCCAAACUAGCUACAACUGUUUAACUGUAUGUUAAGGAAAAGUAAUCCCCAAAGUCGUAGCAAUAUGGUCGCUUUGUGCAGUAGGCCCUGGGAUCGUUGUAAUCGAAUAUUAGUUAUAUCCGACUUCGAUAUAUCCGGAGUUUGUCCUAGAAACAUGGGCGUGUGGCACUGUAUUUACAAAGCCUUAAUGUAUGCUAAAGCAAGCUGUACAUAAUCUUUUAUGCAUGGAAUGUAUAUUCAUGAGUUGAAUAUACAAAUCGUGUAUAUAUAAUUAUUAUUAUCUGCUGCGAAGGGGACACGGGGUGAUGUGAAUUAUCGUUGUGCUGUAUCAGUUGUGACAACUGGUUUUGUCCUGAACACAAUCGCCAGCUGUGACCAGUCGAUUAGUUGUACGCCGUGUUUCCUGUGCCUCUGAAAUAAUUCAUGUGAAGCAAACGAAAAAACGCAGCAGGAUGCUAUCAAACUACCGGUAGACAGAUUCGGGUAGCAUUCGGCAUUUCUCGUGUCAUUCCGGGACAGCACUUCUCACCCAGCCAUCUUUUAAUUAGGAAUAGACCUUAUUAAACCAUCAACUGCUAUUGACAGAAUAUUAACACGGUUUAAGCUGUUGGAUAUACUAAUGUUAGUGUCAGUGCCAUAGAAAAUGUAAGUACAAUAUCGCCAUUUAAACAAUAUGUAUUUGUUAACUCGGUCGGUUUUUUAGACUAUGGCCGAUCCAAUUCAUUGCUGAGUAUUUUAUACUGCUACUUGGCACUGUGAUAAAUUGUACAUUGAAUGUGCCUACGGGUGAAACGCCCGGUAUCGCCGAGAGAGAUGAAAGGGUUAAUCAGUGCAUUAAUCCAUGCCGCCAUGUACAUUUUUUUCUGUGGGGUUUCAAUGUUUUGUUUGUUAUUCGUGUCAUAAAUAAAUGUAUUACUGAAGUAUUACAUCACUUUGAUUGUCAUCGUAGUGCUCUUUUAACCAGUGUAUUGCAGCCGACUUUGUUUAUGUUGUAAGCACUGAUAUUUCAUCAAAUUUGUACAUUUAUAUAUAUUUUUGAAAUAAAAUUAAUUCUUA